AUGACCAUUACCAACGAUGUAGUUCUGCCGGAAGAAUCGGAGUUAACUGUGCAAGAAAUUAAUUUAUCGACUCCAACAUUACAUGCAGGCUCUUUCCAUUUAGGAAAAUAUUGUGAAGAAGUGAAUAAUGAAUUCAUGCUAUGUCGCUUUGAAGAGAAAGAUCCUAGAAAAUGUAUAAAUGAGGGCAAAGCUGUCACGGCUUGCACUCUUGAGUUCUUUAGGAAAGUGAAGAAAACCUGUCUAGCUGAGUUUAAUCAAUAUGCCCAUUGCAUUGACAAGAGUUCUGGAGAUAUGUCACUUCAACAGUGUCGCAAGACACAGGGUGUAUUUGACCAAUGCAUGUUGGAAAACUUGAAUUUGGAGCGUCCACCAUUUGGGUACUUCACUGAAGUUAGAGUUCAUGCUACUAAGAGACCCAAGCCUUCUAUUGAAGGAAAAGCUGUAUACCCAGAUGCAACCCCAGCUCUACCAGAAAAUGCAGAGAAGAAACCUCCUCGAUUUGGCAGCCGCUUCUACUGGAUGACCGAAUAA